CCUAGUCGGGUUCUCGGCGUGCUGGCAAACCAAGCAUUGGUGUUUUAGUUUUAUUUCGUGUGACCUACAUUAACUAGAUUAGCUUGCGUGUUUACUUGAAAGAUAUCUUGACGUUUAACGAAGUUGUUUUGUAGCUUGCUAGCAAGUCAAGCAUUGCAUUUGUUCAUUUAUGUAUUAUCACUACUAGCCAGCUAGCCGGCUAAGUUACUGUUAUUGGCUUAAGCUAAUUGGCUAGGUAGCACAACACUGGCUAUCUAGCAAUGUUAUUUUGGUGUCUAGUCAGAUGGUUAGCUUGCUAACUUGUAAGAAAAUCAUUUGGUUUGCAAGCUUGUCUAUUGUAACUCUAAAGGUGCUUCCGUGUUUGUGGCCAGCCGAGCAUAUACUUGACUAUGCGUUGUAUAGUUCUGUUAUGAAAACACUGGCAAUUUGGAUAUUGUGUCUAGUUCUAAGUAGCCGUUUUGUUAACGCUAGCUUGAGAGUUGGCAAACGCGAAAUAUUUCUGCACCGAUUUUAUUUUAAUGUUGCCCAGUCUAAUGAAACGUUUUAGCUCGCAGAUUAUGCCAUAAGCAGAGCUGCAGUACAGUGGUUGGUAGUCGUGCUUGGUUUCAGGUGUGACAUGUCUAGCUAGGCGUAUUUAUACUUGGGCUUGGUUAAAUAAACUGCGAAAGGUGUUAUUUUCAAGAGUAUGGGAGCUAACUACCUAGUUUGACGGCCUGUCAUUUUCGGGAAUCACCAGGCAUUUCGAUAUGUUCUAUCACUGUCAAUUUCAAGGCCUUAUGUAAUUGCAGUACAAAGUUCUGAAUUCUUUAAUGUUUUCUUUUGCAAUAAAUUAAGUACACCAAUAUGACUACCCUGAAUGAUGUAUCCGCCAGCUGGCAACGCAACCUAUUCAUAUGCAUGAAGAAUAUACUGCAUACCUUGAAAACCAACAAUAUCUUUGUAUAUAUGCACUUUUGUAUUUUUUUGAUAUUUUGAAAUGUAAUCAAUUUGCUGACCCGGAACUUCAAUUUGUAAUGCUGUUCUUGAAUAUUAAAUAGUUGAAUUUGCCUUGAAUUAGCAGUUUGAAAACUAGAGCAGACAUUUCCUGGUGGUGUUUCUGUCAGUAAAUUGUUAUGGUUUCGUUCCAAGUGAAAAUUGUAAAUCCAAGGCUGUGAAAUAGUGAAUUACUUGGCUGAGUGCUACCUGCAAGAAUGGAUGUGGUGUCCCCGGAGCUGAACAGCCUCCUCCCUGAUGAAAUCAUGGACACAGAGGCCAUCGUGAUCGAGGACCUCCCGUCUGAGCCCUCCAUGGUCCCGGUUCAGAUGGAGUCUGAGGAGGCCCCGGUACCCAUGGAAACGGAGGUGCCGGAGAUCAUCAGCAUGAGCACAGCGGUCACCCCAACCCAGAGGACGCAGGCCCUCACCACAUCCACCAGCACGGACUCCGCCCUCUGCAGCAUCAGUUCCGGCACCCAGCUGCUCCUGACCCCCUCCAGCUCGACGGCCUUCAAGCCUUCCACCUCCUCUGCCGCCAAACCCAACAGCCCAGUCGUCAGCGGUCCCCUGCAGAAGGUCACAGCUCCCUUCACCAUCUCUGCCAACCACCAGAUCAUCCUCAACAAAGUGGCCGCCUCCUCGGCGGUCGACGCCAAGUCUUCCGGCGCCCAAGUGCUCAAGCAGGAGGGCCAGAAGCUGGUGGUCACCACCCUGGGGAAAGCGGGCCAGCCCAUCGUGCUGACGCUGCCCCACACUGGCACCAAGGUCAGCCCCGCCCAGGGCUCUGGAGACACUAAAGCCCAACCCCAGUACAAGGUGGUGACCAUUGGGAGCAGGACAGACCUGAAGCCCGUCAUGGGGGUCCAGCCUGUCAGCACAGCCAGCCAGCUUCUGGGGACUUCCCAGCAUUCCACUCUGCAGACCCAGCAGCUUAAGACCGUACAGAUUGCAAAGAAAACACAGGCAUCUUCAACAGGACCAAUGAUAACAAAGUUUAUUAUUACAAAACCUCUGAACAGCAAAGGUGUAUCGGGUCAAACCUCUGUAUCGCCAGUGAUUACAGGGAGAGUCCUGUCUCAGAGCACACCAGGGACACCCCCUCGAACCAUCACCCUCUCCGAAACCCUGAGCACCACCCCACAGACCAUCUCCAGCAGCAAGAUCGCCAUCUCGCCGCUCAAGUCUCCCAGCAAGCUGACCGUGGUGUCCGUGGCCUCCCAGUCCCCCAGCUCCCCGCAGAAGUCCGUGGCUGUUCCGCUCAACGUGGCCUUGGGGCAGCAAAUCCUGACCGUACAGCAGUCUACCCCCACGUCCCCAGCCAAAAUGGUGUCCAAUCACUCCGCUCCACAGGCGAUGAAGCCGGUGCAGACGAUGGCUGUCGGAGGAGUAGGCACGUCCCAGUUCAAGACCAUCUUCCCCUUAGCCACUCCCCCAAACGUCCAGCAGAUCCAGGUUCCCGGCAGCAGGUUUCACUAUGUGCGCCUGGUCACAGCCACCACAGGCAGCAGCACGGGCCAGACGGGCAGCCCCAGCACCAACUCAGCCAUCCCCACAGCGAAGCCGAUGGUGGUUAACACUGCAGCAGUCAGGAUGUCUGUACCCAUCGUUUCAGCACAGACCGUCAAGCAGGUGGUGCCCAAACCCCUGACCUCGUCCCCCCAGGUAGUGACCACCAGCCAGACCCAGCAGAGACUCAUCAUGCCAGCCACGCCCUUACCUCAAAUCCAGCCCAACCUUACCAACCUGCCCCCGGGCACCGUGCUGGCACCAGCCCCCGGCACGGGAAACAUGGGCUAUGCAGUGCUGCCUGCACAAUGUUUCACACAACUCCAGCAAUCCACGUUUGUGACCUUGGCCAGCAGCAGCAGUUUCUCAACACCCACCGGUGUACAGUCACAGGCCAGACUGCCACUCAAUGGCUUAUCAACCUCAGAUUCUGCUUCACGGCCAAGGAAACCGUGCAACUGCACCAAGUCACAGUGUCUAAAGCUGUACUGUGACUGCUUUGCCAACGGCGAGUUCUGUAAUAACUGUAACUGCACCAACUGCUUCAACAACCUGGAGCACGAGACCGAACGGCUGAAGGCCAUCAAGGCGUGUCUGGACCGAAACCCAGAGGCCUUCAAGCCCAAGAUCGGCAAGGGGAAGGAGGGCGAGUCGGACCGCAGGCACAGCAAGGGCUGUAACUGCAAGCGCUCGGGCUGCCUGAAGAACUACUGCGAGUGCUACGAGGCGAAGAUCAUGUGCUCGUCCAUCUGCAAGUGCGUGGGGUGCAAGAACUUUGAGGAGAGCCCGGAGAGGAAGACGCUGAUGCACCUGGCGGACGCCGCCGAGGUGCGCGUUCAGCAGCAGACGGCCGCCAAGACCAAGCUCUCCUGCCAGAUCUCUGACCUGCUGACCAGGACCACGCCCGCCAUCACCAGCGGCGGGGGGAAGCUUCCCUUCACGUUUGUCACCAAGGAGGUGGCGGAGGCGACGUGUGACUGUCUGCUCGAGCAGGCCAAGCAGGCCGAGCUGGCCAACCAGCCACAGGCGACGGCAGAGAGGAUGAUCCUGGAGGAGUUCGGCCGCUGCCUAAUGAGAAUCAUCAACUCCGCCAGCAAAGCCAAGACGGACUGUUCCAUCAACUGCUAGGCCCCGCCCACACGGACCUCCACAGCAGCGGCCGGCAACGGGAGGGGAAAGGCUAGCCCUGGACGGCGCCCACCCCUCCCUCUGCUCUCAAAACUGCUAGGCCUCGUCUUUAUCCUGCCACCUGACUCUCAGAGCUGCAGCCAGGAGAGGAGGGGAUAAAAGCCAUUCUGGACCCCUAGCUCCAAUGAUUGGCAGGCCUAAACCACGCCCUCCCCAGUCCAAGCAGAGGACAGGAUUGGUGGCCAGCUAAGCCCCCUGCUCCAUGAACUGAUAUGGCUCUCCCCCACAGCCAAGAAGAGGAUUGUGGGAGGUCUCACAGAGCAAAGGGGCUGUGAGGCAUUGGAGCAGAGCAAUGAGGUUUUAACCUCCUGGUCUUUCGGUGCACCACAUGGCCAGGAUUAAACGGUGUGGUUUUUGGGAUUUGUUUUAGAGUGACUUGUGAGCGUUUUUGAAGUAGACAUUUUUAUGAUUUUUUUUCCCCCCCUCCUUCCCUCCCUUUCUCUCACUGGAUUCGUUUUAUUGCUCCACAUCAUGCCAUUUCUCGUUCAGUCGUUCUUAUUUUCACGCUCCGCUUCACCCAUUUGCGCGGGAGCUGUGUUUUAUCAUUACUAACAACCUCUGCACAUAGAGGAAGUCGGCAAGGAAGUCUAUCCGAUUUGAGCUUGCCCUGUUCUAAUCAUGGUCAUAGUAUACAGUAAGUAGCCUUUACUGUAGCUUGAAUUAAUCUUUCCUUUUUUUCUAUUUAUGCUUUCCCCCCCAGUGUCUAUAUGUUUUCAGCUGAUGCUCAGAACUGCAUUAAUCUCCCCGGGAAAUUGUAAUACAAUUCAACUGCACACACACAAGUUUUCCUGUAGCAGUGAAAGAAGCCCAAAAAGCUUAUUAAUCAGAACUGCAACUACAAGUUUCCAAAUGUCGUGGAUUAAUUGGUCUCACUUCCUCUUGCAGUCACCGGUGAUGUCAUGCGUAUGUAUGAGGUCAAUUUGUUCGAUAAGCUAGCCAUCUGAACUUCGCCUCUUUCCAGAACGUGGCAUGGGCAACUCACCGGAGUGUUCAAAGUCUUAUUUUGAAAAACCAGUUCAGUCUGAAUGAGAGGUUUACUGGUAUGACUGCAGAUUAAAAAAAAGAAGGUUCUCAUUUGGUACCACUGACCAUUCUAUGUCUGUACCGCUUGCAAAGCUUGACUAGUACUCACUGAAAUAAAAUUGUGUCCGCGAGUUUUAA